AUGCGACAGUGAGAAAAAGUCAAAAAGUUGAACUGUGAAAAAAUGCUGCGUAUUUUUUCAUAUUAACGUGGUUGCGUUUUAAUUCUAUUUUUAUUUAAUAAUAAUAUAAAUUUGAAAUUAUUAAAUUGUCGAAAACAAUAAAAUAUUAAGUGGAUUUAUCGAAACAAAUGCCAGAAAGUUGAAAUUUCUUAGAGAAAGCAUUAAAAAACUCAAGUGAAAAGUGUUGGAAAAAAUCGUUAGGGAAACUAUUUUCCCUACGCAAAAAAAUUGUGGUUAUGUUGUUUUGAUUGUACUAACGAACGAUAGAAUUCUAAGAAUUCAGCCGCAAUUUGUAAAGCAAAUAAACGAAAAGACAAAAUACAUAAAAAAGUAAAAAGUGAAUAAUUGAAAUUUAUUUGAAAAAGAAUAAAAACCGCGAACAUAUUUUCAAUGGAUUUAUAAUGAAAAUUCAAUAAAAAGGCCAAUAUAACGCCCUCUCACUCUCUGCAUCCAUAAAUAAAGGCCAGACAAAAGACGCCUUGUUAAUUUACACACAACACAGACGACGAAGAAGACUUCAUUCAUUGUUGUUGCUGCUGCUAUCUACAUAUUGUUGCUGUUGCUCUAGCUGAUACUGCUGCUAGUUUUAUUAGUUUUGUGUUGUUGCUGCUCGUUAAUGUUUUCUACGACUUCUGAUUCUUGUUGUCCGGCUAGAAGUAGUAAUUGUUGUGCAAAAAGUAAUAUCAAACAUUGAUCAAUGUUCGAGUCUCACUAUAUAAAUGCAACAGCGGUAAAUACAGUAUCGACGGGAGCAGGUGGUAGUGCUUUAACUGGAAAUUGUACUGUUAAACCCGGCAACUCUUAUGCCUCAAGUGCGGGUACCAGUAUCAGUGAAAGUACAAGUAAGGUAGCAACAUCGCUGACUUCGGUAGGCAGUUACUCCAAUAUGUCGGCAAGCCGUAAAACUUCCAUGUCCAGUGACAGUCCACAGCUAUCCAAAGCGUUACAACAGCUUUCAAUGGGAGAGAGUGUAGAGGUAGUGCCCGAUAAUUUGUGUCCCUUGUGUUUCCAAGCCAAGCGGCAUCAUGAGGCUAUAGAGUCCAUUGAAUGUGAUCGUCAGCCAUGGCGUAUACGAGAACGUAUGAAAACUGCUAGUGUGGCUUUAGUGUUAUGCCUAAAUAUUGGUGUAGAUCCGCCAGAUGUGAUUAAAAUUCAACCAUGUUCCCGCUUGGAAUGUUGGAUAGAUCCCUCUUCAGUUUCGGCAGCCAAGGCCAUGGAUCUAAUUGGAUCGAAUUUACAAAUGCAGUACGAGAGAUGGCAGCCAAGGGCCCGCUACAAAAAAUGUCAUGAUCCUACCGUAGAGGAUGUAAAAAAGUUAUGCAUUUCUCUACGACGCAAUGCCAAGGGAGAACGUAUUUUGUUCCACUAUAAUGGCCAUGGUGUACCAAAGCCUACAGCUAAUGGUGAGAUUUGGGUAUUCAAUAAAACCUUUACUCAGUACAUACCCUUAAGUAUCUUUGAGCUGCAAAGUUGGAUGGAUGAUCCCUCAAUUUAUGUAUACGACUGCUCAAAUGCCGGAAUAAUCAUCCAAUCCUUUUUGCAGUUUGCCGAACAACAAGAGCGGGAAGUACAAAAAGCUAUAGCGGCUGCCCAACGUUUUCAUCCAGGCGUUCAAUCGUCUAAUCUGCCUCCCAGUUACAAGAAUUGCAUCCAUUUGGCCGCCUGUUCAGUGGGUGAAAUUUUGCCCAUGAAUGCCCAGUUGCCGGCUGAUUUAUUUACCUCCUGCCUUACUACACCCAUAAACAUUGCCUUAAAAUGGUAUACGAUGCGUGAGAAGUUUGUUUUGGUACCGCGCCUGCAUACAGAAUUCAUUGAUAAGAUACCGGGAAAGGUGAAUGAUCGUCGCACCAUGUUGGGAGAACUAAAUUGGGUAUUUACUGCCAUAACAGACACCAUAGCGUGGAAUACCUUGCCUCGGGAAUUGUUUCAGAAAUUAUUCAGACAAGAUCUGCUUGUGGCCAGCUUGUUUCGUAAUUUCCUUUUGGCGGAAAGAAUUCUUCGUUCUCAUGAUUGUACGCCAGUAUCACAUCCGGCAUUACCACCCUGCUUCCGCCAUCCCAUGUGGACUGCUUGGGAUUUGGUGGUAGAUUUGGCUUUGCAGCAAUUGCCGGAUAUUUUAGAGCAUGGCGCUCCCUACAAACAGUUGCCCUUUUUUGAGGAGCAACUUACAGCAUUUCAAGUUUGGCUAGAUCGUGAAUCAGAGUCACGCACUCCACCCGAACAAUUGCCCAUAGUUUUGCAAGUUCUGCUUUCUCAAGUUCAUCGUUUAAGAGCUUUGGAGCUUUUGGCACGGUUUUUGGAUCUAGGUCCCUGGGCUGUGGAUUUGGCUCUGGGAGUGGGCAUAUUUCCUUAUGUACUUAAGCUUCUACAAAGCUCCGCAAAAGAAUUGCGUCCUGUUUUGGUAUUUAUUUGGGCUAAAAUCUUGGCAGUAGAUCCCUCUUGUCAGGUGGAUUUAGUUAAGGAUCACAAAUACUUCUUGGCUGUUUUGCAAGACACAUCAGUGGCCAAGGAAUAUCGUACUUUAUCGGCCUUUGUGUUGGCCUGCAUUGUAAAUAAUUUCUUGCUAGGGCAAACAAGCGCCUUGCAGGGUUCUCUAGUGUCUAUAUGUCUGGAACAACUUAAUGACGAAAGCUGGCUUUUAAGGCAAUGGUUGGCCAUAUGUUUAGGAAUGCUUUGGCAAAACUUUGAAAAAGCCCGCUGGUCUGGUGUUCGAGAUUUGGCUCAUGAAAAGCUAUAUCCACUACUUAAAGAUCCCAUACCCGAAGUUAGAGCUGCCGCUGUUUUUGCUUUGGGUACCUUUAUCAGUUCGGUAACAGACCGUUCGGAAGAGCAUGCCAAUAAUAUUGAUCGCAUUAUAGCCAUUACUUUAAUAGAAAGUGUUAGCGAAGACAUGUCUCCACUGGUUCGUUUGGAAUUGGCUGCUGCCCUACAAUGGAUGGUGCUGCUUUUUGAAUCGCAAUUUGUUACGGUAUAUCUGCAAGAACAGCCGAUGUCAUCUUCUUCGUCUGGAGAUCGUAGCGCUAGUGUUAGCCAUGUGUUGACAGGAGUCUCAUUAUCCACUGCCGGUGGUGGUCAUAGUGGUGGCGUGCACCAUCAUUCCACACACAGUCUAGAACGUCAUGCCACCAUGCGACGAGGAGUUAGCUCGAGUUCUAUUUCGAAUAUCAGUUCGGCCGCCAUACCAUUUCAAUCGAUUUUCCUUAAACUUUGGCAGGGUAUUUAUUUACUCGGUCAAGAUCCCUUUCCCAAGGUAGCGGAGACAGCUCAAGAGAUUAUAAAACACAUAGAGAAUGCUGCUCUCUGCUUGAUUACAGCCAAAGAGGCAACUAAUGAAAAAUGUAUUAGUCUUAGUGUAAGUUUGCCACCAAGUCCAAAUACACGCGUGUCUUAUCUCAGUGGAGGAGGGGCAGGAGAAUCACCGCCUGUCGGUGGUGGUGGUGGUCAACAUGUCAGCCAGUCGAAUCACUGGCCACCAAAACUAAGAAAUCUGGUAAAUGAUCCUCAAGCAUUGUUGCAUCGUAAGCUUCGUACCACUUCCAUGAAUGAUGAAACGGACAGUUGUGCUGGCCCCUCUGCUACAGCAACCAUUAUAAAUGAACCGAAUGCAGCUAGUGGUAAUGGCAGUGGAGGUGUUGGUGGUGUAGGUGCAGGUGAUGGUUCAGCCUCCGGCCAUAGCAGCACAAGUGAUAAUAACUUUGAAUCCAAAUCACAUGCACUGAAACCAAUUGUUGCUACUGAAUUCAUACCCUGGGCAAUUUCCUAUUUCACCCGACCAGGCAAAUAUCGUUAUGCAGCCGAUAAAACUAGUGAGCGGGUACAGGUUUUCCCCAUCGACAAAAAUGAUCCAGUGUUAAGGACCCGUGAAUGUCGUUACCAACGUAACCGUCAAAUAAGACGUCAGGCCAGAGAACAGCAAACAAGAGCUCUACGAAUCGACACCCAAAGUUGGUCACGUAAAACCCAGUCAACACCCUCUCUGGUCAGAUUGCUGCCAUAUGAACAACAAAUAGCGGUAGCCUACCGAGAAAAGGUAUUGUUGUACGACUGGCAACGCAAUACCGUUAGAACUUUUACACCAACCGCUGUGCCAUCGAAUGCUGCCACUUCACGCCGUAGAACCUCGUCGGCCUCACCACCUCCUCAUACGGCCCAUAGUACGGUGGCUCGUGUUAGUGCUAUUGAGUUUUUGAAUGCACAUGAUGUGCCCUUAACGUUAGCGGGACAUGAAGAUGGAGUGGUGCGCAUAUGGCAACCCAACACCAGUGCUACAUCUGAAGAACAAGCACGAGAUUCCCCGGGACGCCUGGUUACUGCCUGGGUAGCUUUGCCUGCUCUACAAGCUAAUUAUUUAGGCGCUUCACCAAGUCUGGGAUCUAGCUCGAAGUACACACGCAAAGACAUUGCCGGAGAUAGUUGUGGCUUGGUAACCUCGUGGCAGCAGUGUUCUCAACAACUAGUGGUAGCUGGCGGAGCUAGUCGCUUCAUACGCAUUUGGGAUGUAGAGCGUGAACUGCGCAUCAGCGACAUUCCCAUCGGCAGCGAACAUAGUAUACGUGUUCUCUCACCCUUUGCCAGUAAUGCACGUAGCGAACUAAUCGUUGGCGGCUGUGGUGAUGGCAGUGUUCGUCUUUAUGACAAACGUUGUUCACCACAGGAAGCACGUAUACGUGUCUAUCGCGAAAAUCCUGGUGCAAUACUAAGCUGUUGUCUCAAGGACAAUCAAACAACUCUUGUUAGUGGUUGUUCUCAAGGCAAAAUAAGUGUCAUAGAUUUGCGUUCAAAAGCACCCAACGGUGGUAUACUACAUCAGUGGGAGGUGGGCAAUGAUGUGACCGCAAUAGCUGCCCAUCAAUCGGCCGAUCUUGUAGCUUGCGGUAGCGCUAAUAAAAUCACUAUAUAUAGUACACAACAAGCUGGUCGUGUACACAGUACUUUGCGUAGUAAUGAUAGUUUUAUGGGUCCAAAAAUUGGACAUCCCACAUGUCUAGCUUUCCAUUUACACAAAAUGUCUUUAGCUGUAGGUUUUGUAGACAAUACGGUGGCCGUAUAUGAACCAUCACCAGUUUUAUAAGUUAUGUAGUCGCUGGAAAACUGAUGUCGAUAAAAAUCCCCAAACAUUUGACAAUGUGCGUAAAUUUUUGCAAACAGAUCAUAUGCUCGAUGUUCUCAAACAACUGCGCAAGAAAACGAAAUUGUCUGACAUUG